CGGCCGCUUCCCACUUCCAAGAUGGCCGCGGGUGGAGCCGAUCAGUUUCUCCUUGGACCAAGAUGACUGAUGGAAACCUUUCCACUUCCACAAAUGGCAUAGCCUUGAUGGACAUUCUGGAUGCUCAUCAGGGAAAACCCCUUCAGAACCUGCAGCAAGUGAAUGCCAAGGGGUCCAGAUCCCUCUCAACACCUGAGUACGGGCCCAAGUUGAAACUUGGUGCUUCAGAAGACCGGCACAGCCUUCAGUCAGUGGACUCUGGCAUUCCUACCUUGGAGGUUGGCAACCCAGAACCUGUCCCCUGUAGUGUGGCCCUUGUGAAGAGGAAGCAGUCGGAGUCAGAGCUUGUCCCUGAGCGGGCCUUCCAGAGUGCAUGCCCACUACCAUCCUGCACACCUCUGGCUCCCACCAGUGCAGAGCGUGAGCAGACUGUGCGGAAGUCCUCCACAUUUCCCAGGACAGGCUAUGACUCAGUGAAGCUCUAUAGUCCCACCUCCAAAACCCUGAACCGUAGUGAUGAUGUCUCCAUCUGUAGUGUGUCUAGUCUUGGCACAGAGCUGUCCACCACGCUGUCUAUCAGCAAUGAGGACAUCUUGGACCUCAUGGUCACGAGCAGCUCCAGUGCCAUUGUGACCCUGGAGAACGACGAUGACCCACAGUUUACUGAUGUCACCCUGAGCUCCAUCAAGGAGAGCAGUGAACUGCACCAGCAGGGCUGGGCUGAUGGAACCGAGGAGGGGAGUAAACUGAGGAUACUGGCACCAUUUAGUAGCUUCUUUACAAGGAAUUUGCUUGCUAGAAAACAAAAUGCACGACUUGACAAACAAAAUGACUCGGGAUGGAAGUUAUUUGGAAAAGUGCCACUCCGAGAGAAUGCUCAGAGAGAGCCAAAGAGAAUGCAAAAGGAAUAUGAAGACAAAGCUGGAAGACCUAGCAGGCCACCCUCUCCAAGGCAGAAUGUGAGGAAGAAUCUUGAUUUUGAGCCACUUUCUACCACUGCACUCAUCCUUGAAGACAGACCAGCAAACCUCCCAGCAAAACCUGCUGAAGAAGCCCAGAAGCACAGGCAGCAGUAUGAAGAAAUGGUGGUACAGGCCAAGAAGCGAGAGCUUAAGGAAGCCCAACGGAGGAAAAAGCAGCUGGAGGAAAGAUGCAAAGUAGAAGAAAGCAUUGGAAACGCCGUCCUCACCUGGAAUAACGAGAUCUUGCCCAACUGGGAAACCAUGUGGUGCUCUAGGAAAGUUCGAGAUCUGUGGUGGCAGGGAAUCCCUCCGAGCGUGAGGGGCAAAGUCUGGAGCUUAGCCAUCGGCAACGAGUUGAACAUCACCCACGAGCUCUUUGACAUCUGUCUUGCCCGGGCCAAGGAGCGGUGGCGGUCUCUCAGCUCGGGAGGCUCAGACGUGGAGAGUGAAGAUGCUGGGUUUUCAGCCGCUGACAAAGAGGCCAGUCUGGAGCUUAUUAAACUGGACAUUUCUAGAACGUUUCCUAAUCUCUGCAUUUUCCAGCAAGGUGGCCCGUAUCAUGACAUGUUGCACAGUAUUUUGGGCGCUUAUACUUGUUACCGACCGGAUGUGGGCUAUGUUCAGGGCAUGUCCUUCAUAGCAGCAGUGUUGAUCUUGAACCUCGACACUGCAGAUGCCUUUAUUGCUUUUUCUAAUCUCUUGAAUAAACCCUGUCAGAUGGCGUUUUUCCGAGUGGACCAUGGUCUUAUGUUGACUUAUUUCGCUGCAUUUGAGGUAUUCUUUGAAGAAAAUUUGCCGAAAUUAUUUGCUCAUUUCAAGAAAAACAACUUAACUCCAGACAUCUACCUAAUAGAUUGGAUCUUCACCUUGUACAGUAAGUCUCUGCCCCUGGACUUGGCCUGCCGCAUCUGGGACGUGUUCUGUCGGGAUGGGGAGGAGUUCCUCUUCCGAACGGCCCUGGGCAUCCUGAAGCUGUUUGAGGACAUCCUGACUAGGAUGGACUUCAUCCACAGUGCCCAGUUCCUGACCAGGCUGCCUGAGGACCUGCCAGCAGAUGAGGUGUUCGCGGCCAUUGCUACAGUCCAGAUGCAAAGUCGGAACAAGAAGUGGGCACAGGUGCUGGCUGCGCUGCAAAAAGACAGCCGGGAAAUGGAGAAAGGAAGCCCAUCCCUCAGACACUGAGGCUGCAGAUGUGACCCCCACUGGCACUGAGGCAGGUCUCAGGCGGCACCUGUGUGCUCUCAGACCCACCCCGGCAGUGGCAGCAGAGGAGCAGGCACGCUCUGUUCAUGUUGAUUCCUGACGCUGGAGUUGGCCUUAAACAAACAGCAAAAUCCAGGCUUAGCCUUAAGCAGCUCAGGGGCUGGUGCCCUGGGGGCUGCAGCCAGCCACUGCGCUUUCUGCACAGGUUAAAGUCAGGGCAGUGGUUGAUCCCUCCUCCUUCUUUGUUUCAGCAAAAGUCAAUUAAAUUGUAAUGCUAUUAUGCCAGCCACUGGAAAGUACAUUACAAUUUUUUUAGCCAAAUGCAUGAGAAAUAUUAUUUUGGGAAAUCUCAGAGAUGAUACUGGCUCAUAUUUUAGAUGAGAGGAAUCGCUGAUUUAGUUAUUGAGAUGAUCUUUCCAGAACUGGAGGCCAUGAGUUUGAAACCUGCCUACCAAGUCAACAUAACAGGAGAUGGGCACAUGGGGAGUGUUGCUCUUAGGCUCCCUGGGAGUCCACAUGACCUUCAUAUUAACACUUACCAUGUUGCCUUGACAAAAUCACAGCAGGAAGGUUGACAGUGUACGUUAGGUUUCCGUGGGAACCUGCCUCCCAGAGUCCUUGGAGCUGUGGUGAGGAGCCGGAGCAGGGGACUGUGUGCAGAAAGGGCCUGUGGCGGCAGAACACCCCCAGGAGCUGAUGUGAACAGCCUCCUUUAAAGAACAGGGUGGGAGAAACUUGGGAUUGCCCCUUGCACCUGCUUGUUUCCAGGGAGGCUGAGGAUGGCUGUGUGGUGCUGGAAACCAAAGCAUGUGAGGGGUUUGCUCCUGGGCUCUGCAGAAUCCCCACUUCACUUUUGUCAUGAAUAGCUGGACUCUCCUAAGUGCCAGGGACCCCCUGACACACCUGGCUUUCCAAGGUGUUUCACAAACCACCAUGAGGACAGAGGAGCGAGCAACAUGUACUUAACCAGUCUUGUCAGAAUUCUCAUUGUCUGGACCAUGAUCCCUUUCCCAUUUUAGCUGAUUUUCCCAAGUUUAUUGUCAAAUUUUUUAUUCUUGCUUUUCCUUGACUAUUUUGAGAACUUUGUAUAAGAAAUUUGAUUUCCCAAAUUCACAGAAAUGAGCAGUUUUUGCAUGGACUAGUCCAACGAGAGAUGGAAACAAGUUCCCACCUGGUAACCCAUUAUUAGCAUAUUGGCCUUUGGGGAUGCCGACAGGCCAGGCUCAAGAACACAGCCAGAGUCUGGAAGUGCUGGUGUGGUCUGCACUCACCUUUCUUAGCCAUUUCUCCCACCCCAGGGAACAGCUUCUCGUUGAGGGAGGCCCUGGUGCUGUACCACAUGCAGCAAGGAGGCUUGGGCUGGGGGUGCAACCAGCUUGGGGGUGGCCUGUCCUGAUGAACUUUCUGCAUCUGCUCUGCCUGCUGGCCAUAUUUCAGGUGCCGCAGCAGGUUAGCAGGCCAGGGUCAUGUGCACACCCUGUGUCCUACUCCAUGUGUCCCUCUUCUUGGAACCUCCCCUCCCCUUGCAUUCUCCUGUGAAUUCUCGAGGGAGGUUCUAGAGCAUGAUGGGUCCCACAACACCUCAGCCUUGGAAGGCCGCCUUGCCUGACCUCGUGGACGAGGUGCCAUCUUCACCUGUGGUCCCGGUGGCCUCCAGACCCAGCCAUUCCUAACAUGGAGGUGUUGAAUGUAGUUAGGCCAGUGGCCUGUGCACUGUCUUCCUUGCAGAUGUGCACAGUUGCGUGCGUGAUGAGGGUGUUCUGUUCUUUGAAGAUGUAUAUAUUUUCUUACUGUACAUAACAAUGCUCCUUAGAUCGUAGAGAGGUGAGGAGCAGGCUCCUGUCCCACCCUCGCCAUUGCUUGUCAAAUGGCCCGACAUCAAUCUGCAGUGUGCAUGAAGGUUCAGACCAGGCUCCCUGCCAGUCUGGGACGUUUGCCACAUCUUCAGUCCAGACGAGGUUUUGGGGGCCUUUUAAGGGAUCAUAUGAGUUCCAUGUGUCCCCUAAGAGGUUGUAGAGUUCUAAGUCCUGUCAAGGGUCCUGUGGUCCCUCUGGGCAGUGUGCUGUUAGCAAGCACAGCAUCCUGCUUCUCUGAGGCUGCUGCUUAGGUGACCUGGCAACACUGCUGUGCUGCUCUCUUGGAAGUUUGCACUGUCCACCUCAAGGGCCAGGGACUUUCUGUACCCCAGGGCUUGGGGUCAGCAGCAGCUUGCCCUUUAGACCCAAGAGCCACCUCCAGAGUCAUUGAGAUCUCAUUUGGGAACAAUGUUCACUUCAGAGGUACUUUGUAACUGCUCGGCUUCUGAGUUUUAAAGAGCUGCUGAUAGGAACUCCUGAUAACAUUGCUGCAGAUCAUGUUUUAAUGGCUCGAACAGUUAACCUCUGACUUUAUUUAGUAAAGUGUAUCAAACUAGGACUUUUUGAAUUGUAAAUAUGUGGUUUUAUUAAAUAAAAGUCAUGUAAAAUUGUUACUUA